AUGAUGCACCUCCUGACGGAGAAGUUCGUCUGGCAUGGAAUUCGGAAGGACUCCCUCGAGUGGGCCAGGACCUGCGUGCCUUGCCAAACUAGCAAAAUCAGUCGGCACACAGAAUCAGGCGUGGGGGAAUUCCCGCAGCCGAAACGAAGAUUCAGCAUCCACAUGGACGUCGUGGGACCCCUGCCCCCGUCGGAAGGCGCCAAAUACCUCCUGACGAUAAUCGAUCGCUCCACCAGAUGGCCUGAGGCAACACCGAUGUCGGAGGCAACCACCAAAGCAUGCGCCGAAGCCCUCCUCGCCAGCUGGGUCAGUCGAUUCGGAGUGCCAGACGAGAUCACGACGGACCGCGGACCAGUUUUCCUGUCGGAGUUGUGGACUGCCCUGGCCCGCCUAAUGGGGACAUCGCUACACGCCACCACCGCCUACAACCCAGCAGCUAACGGCAUGGUGGAGAGAGAGGCAUCACCAGUCCCUGGCGAGUUCUUCCCGACCAAUGCCGACGACACCGACGUCUCCAUCGCCAGGCUUCGGGAAUCCGCCGGGAAGUUCACGCCCUGCAUCAAAACCUUCUCCGACAGGACCAAACGUUUCCUCCCGAAGGUCCUAUCAUCAUGCAAACACGUCUUCAUCAGGGACGACGGCCGCCGCCCGCCGCUAACGAGACCCUACCGAGGUCCCUUCCGCGUCCUACGACGCACUGGCACAAGCAUUGUAUCUCAUAUCCAUCAAUUGGUCGCGAGGACUGGGUCACAAUCGAUCGCCUGA